AUGGCCAAGUUCACCCACGAGGCUAUCUUCGAGGCUGCCUACCAGGCUGGCGAAAUCCCAGGCGUGGCUCUCGUGGCCGCCGAUGCCACUGGGAAGUUCAGAUAUGAGAAAUCAUUCGGCAAGACGGCCCACGGAGAGCCAUUCUUAACAGACAGUGUCGUAUGGAUGGCAUCCUGCACAAAACUCAUGACAUCCGUAGCAGCCCUGCAACAAGUUCAACGGGGACACAUCGGCUUGGAUGAGGAUGUCGGAAAAGUGCUCCCAGAAGUUGCCGCACUGAAGGUGCUGAAAGAUUUCGAUGCUGAAGGGAAGCCGAUCUUCGAAGAUCGGAAAGAACCAGUUACUGUGAGAAAUUUGCUUUCACAUGCCAGUGGACUUACCAUGGAGCUGUUUUCGCCCAAGCUCCAGCAGCUACAAAAGUUCACGGGCCCUCCUGCGAACCCUCCCAAAGAUAUCGUGACCGAGUUAUCCCUACCGCUAGUAUUUCAGCCUGGAAAGGGUUGGCAAUACGGUUCGAGCUUAGACUGGGCGGGGAAGCUCGUUGAACGGAUUUCCAGGCAGUCCCUCGAGGACUAUAUGAAGGCCAACAUCUGGGACCCGCUAAACAUGCGUCAUAUCACCUUUGCGCCUGAUUCAAGGCCGGAGACGAAGGAGCGCAAGCUGGGGAUGACUCAGAGGGAUGAGGACGGAAAACUACACCCGACGACGGAGGGCUACCUGUACCAAUACGGAGACAGGAAAGACGCAUACGGCGGAGCGGCGGGCUGGGGGUCCGCCGAGAGCUAUCUAAAUCUACUCCAGAGUCUAUGUGCGAAUGACGGCCGAGUCCUAAGCAAGGAGCUAGUGGACGAGAUGUUCAAGCCGCAGCUAGGACCUGAGGGCAAGGAGACGGUAAAUAACAGGCUCCAAGCCGACGAGUCGACCCGCCGACUUAUUGCCAACACAUUCGAUACGACGCACCUAGUGGGGGAUCACGGACUGGGAGGAUUUAUCGGGCUUAAAGACGUAGUCGGCAGAAGGAAGGCGGGAACUAUGGCUUGGGGCGGGCUGCCGAAUUUGAUCUGGUGGAUCGAUAGGAAGAGUGGCUUAUGUGGCGCGUUGUUCUCAAAUCUGAUACCAACAGCAGAUGCAAAGAUCACGGAAAUGAUGAUGCAGUUCGAGCUAUCAAUCUAUGAGCAGUAUGAAGAGUUUAAGAAGCGAGAGUCUAUUUAG